AUGGCGCUGCAAGGAGCGGCCGCGGAGGCAAGCAGCGGCCUGCAAGGCCCUGCCCCUGGCUGGCAAGCCGGCGCACCCGCGGGCUUAUACGCUGCGCUGCCGGCCGACGUGGCGGUGGCUCGCGAGCUGUUGCCGAUUGACGUGGCUGCGCCCCCGGCGUCGACGGAGCCACUUGGCUCGGACUGCGGAUGUCGCUCUGUCCGAAGCCGCGCACGCCGCCGGGCCGCCGUCGACGACCGCGCGCGGGAGCCCCAGACAGCCGUCAACCUUUUGUGGAAUUGCGGCGAGGCCCAGGCUUCGCACCGCCUUUCUCUUGCUCCGUCUUGUGUUGUGCAGCAUCUCCGAAGUGGCUGGGAGCGCCUUGGCGCGCCAGAUGCGGGCACCGCGGCAGCCUGCGAUGAGCUGCGCGGAAGUCGGCUUGGGCGCGGAGACCCGGUGAAGUCAGCUCCUUCUCAGCGAGAGCUCGUCUCGCUGCCGGCUGGCGGGGCGCUGGCCCACGGCGACCAGCGGCUCGGCGGCGCGGCUUCAAGUUUUUGA